AUGGACCGCUACAGGUACUAUAUUUUCAACCAGCGGAUUGUGGUCGUAUUCGGGAUCCUUCAGGUGGCCAGUGCGGGUUUGUGCGUGGUCUGCGGAUUCAUGGACGCAGUGUUCCGUAUGGAUACCACUCUUAGUGAAACCAGGGCACCACUUUGGGCAGGACUGAUAAUGGCUGUACCAGGGGUUCUUGCCCUCUUUGCCUCCCAAAAGAAAAACCCCAUACUGGUGAAUGUCAUGAUUGCCUCAUGUAUGGUCUCUUACUGCGCCGUGGCGAUCGUGUUUGUUUACGCCUGUGUAACCCUAAGUUAUGGUGAAGAGGAUGAUGAGAUUUUUCACCCUCGUCACAGCCCUGAAGUGAGGUUUGUUCUAAGCCGUAUGGUUAAGGGUGCUAAUAUCACUCUUCUGUUGGCCUGCGCUGGUUCUCUGAUCUUCUCCUCUCUCAUCGCCCUACUGGGCUGCCGCAGUCUACCCCUCUGUGGCUGUUAUGACCCAGUCACUGGCAUGGAGACCCUGGUCCCUCAGAAUGACCCCGGUGCCCAGACUGAGAUGGUUUGCACGUGGCAAGGGGGCGAUGAUCGGAUUUUCAACUCACCCGUAUCAUUUAUGGACAGGUGCCCGGAGCAGGAACAGGAAGAGCACUCUAAUAUUCCCCCGUACAGCAUACUGGCCUAA